AUGUCCGACGAUCCGUCCACGUCGGCUGGGCCAUCCCCCCUCUCGGCUACCACUAUCCCAUCCAGCUUCGAUUCGUCACCCGAAUUCUUCGAGGAGUCUCGAUUCCAAAAGCUGUGGCGCAAACUGCGUCAAGAACCACUGAUUCCGUUGGGUUGCGCGGCGACAUGCUACGCCCUGUACAUGGCAACCAAAUCCAUUCGCGCAGGCGACCAUCACCAGACUAAUCGAAUGUUCCGCGCCAGAAUCUACGCCCAGGGCUUCACAUUACUGGCUCUGGUUGCCGGCAGCAUCUUCUACAAGGACGAGAGGAUGAGGAGGAAGGAGUUCGAGUCGAAGUUGGAGGAGAGGAAGAAUGCGGAGAAGAGGGAGAAGUGGUUGGCAGAACUCGAGGCCAGAGACCAGGAGGAUAAGGAGUGGAGGGAGAAGAUUGAGAGGGCGAGUCGACUCGCGCAAGAGACGAGCGAGGAUAUCAGGAACAAAGCAGAGAAAAUGGUUGAAGGUGGAAAGGAGGCGCUGCAGAAGACCCAGGAACAGCUGACCUCACCCGAAGCGGCUACACCAGGAGACAAGAAGAAGAGCAGUUGGGCCAUCUGGAAUAAGAGCGUGCUCGAGGAGGUCGAUGAAGAGGGCUGGGGGCCUGGUAUGUGGGCAAAGAGAACAAGGGAUGCUUGGAAGAGGUUCUGA